AUGCUGAUGUUUUUAUGCCAUAUUGGUGGAAGCAAUCGGCCCAUUGCAUUGAUGCUUUUGCUUUGUUCGCCGCUCCGAUUUUCCAGGCUCCGUCCAGAGAAGAAACCGUGUGCCGAUGGCGAAUCGCAGCAGCAUUCGCCGGCAUCCAUGGUGCCGGUAUCCAAGGUGCUCGACGACGACAACCUCCUCAUUGAGAUCCUCCUGCGCGUCAGCUUCCCCACCACACUUGUAUGCGCCGCCCUCGUCUGCAAGCGCUGGCUCUGCCAUGCCUCUGACCCCAAGUUCCUCAGCCUUUUCCGCAAGCGCCACCCGCCUCGCCUCCUUGGCUUCUACAUAUAUAUAGGGUCGUCCUGGUUAUGGUUGGGCGCCCCCCUGCUCUUCGUCCCGAUGCAGCCCCAGCCCCCAGAGCUCGCCCCCUUCAUCUGCCGGGUCGCGAGCCAUAGCUUCGGCGCCGACAAUGACAGAUUAUGCAUCAUGGAUUGCCGGAAUGGCAGCCUCUUAAUCAGAUGCCGCAGAGGAACUAUAUUGACACAUGGAGUGCACCGCCCACUAUGCCCCCAGAGAGACAUUGAUGUCAUCCCACCACUCCCAAGAGCCCAGUACCACGGUCAAAAAUUUUUCAAUACAAUCCUCUCCAAAGAAGAAGGCGGUGUCUUGUCCUACCUGUAUAUGUUGGCCGAAUUUUUCAGCAAGCCAAAAAUUUUCAGGGUGCGCGUGUAUAUGUUGCAAGGGGGCGUCUGGUGCAUGCAUGCCUCGGCCACGACACAGCUCCCUCGUCUGCUGACGUCACUGGAAGUCGUGCUUGUUGACGAGAAAAUCUAUAUGGCUGACACCUUCAGUGAUGAAAUUAUUGUCUUGGAUAUGACAACCUCGGGUUUCUCCACAAUUCCGCUCCCACAAGGAGUGAAUUUUCACUGUGUUCGCACCAUCAUGUCACGCGCCGGUGAUGCUUCUGGUGUAUAUCUCACCCAUAUCCAUGUCAAGGAGCUACAACUUUGCAUCUGGCUCCACAAAGGGGACAACUGGUUGUUGGUUCAUACAAUUUGUUUGCAUCAGAUGUGGGAUAAUUUGAGGAUGCUAGAUCAGACCCUUGAGGAUGAGCAUAUUAGUUUUACUUGUAUAAGCAAUGUGGGGGAUAAUGCUGAAUUUGUGUUCUUGGAAAUGUGUGGCUGCAUUUUCUAUCUGGAUGUCACAAGCAAGACACUGCGUAAAGUGCAUGGGGUGACAGUAAAGGAUCGACCGUUCAAUGAUGUCUAUCCUUUUAUGAUGAUUUGGCCGCCCAAAUUCCCCGCGCCCAAGGAUGAUCCUGCAAGGUUUGCUAUUUUGGCCUUUAGAUGGUCUGUAUAUUCCUUUUGUUGA